AUGGCGCCCGACGCAAACAGCAACUUGGACGGAGUCACAUCCCAGCUCCGGGCCAAGGACCAGAACCAGAACGGCGAUCAGCAGCAGCAAGUCAAAAAGAAAUGGAAGAAAAUUUGGCUGAAGGGCCUCUCUGUUCGUAUCCGGCCUCGCAAGGAUUCGCCGCGAGCAGCAGCCGCAGUAGCAACAUCAGCAGCACCACUUCCACCACCAAAUGGAGGGGGAGAGACGGACCAAAGCGUUGAACGAGGCACCCAAACCGCAACACGAAAUCACAACCACAAUGUUCGCGGUAGCCAGAGUCGCAUACCACGGCAUUCAGCAACGCUUGCGCACCCGAGCGAGUCAGAUGCCGUAACAGACUCCGGCCUCUCGUCCUCAACCGCUGCUACCUCCGCCUCGCACUCGCCCGCGACAUCAACCACCGCUCAGACCACCACCGUCCCCUCGAGCUCGUCGUCAUCCUCGUCGACUUCGCUCAGUGUGAGUGUCGGUGCCUCCAUCGGAACCUUCCCGUCGUCCUCCGCGCCGUGUCCCACUUGCGGACAGCGCCGCCAUGUUGACCUCCAUCGGCCCCCGACGCCGGUCAAGCCCGAGGACCGGUUCCAGUUCCGGUCCGGGGUCCCGUAUGGUCCUUGGACAAUCACACACCCUCCUCCUGGUCCACCGCCGACAGCUGCCCCAUCGCAGAUCUCCUUUGAGCUUCCUGUUACCCAGCAAGUGGCACCCUGCUGCUCUGCCGAGACCCCCGGACCCCUCACUGCAUUCCAUCCCUUCGCCCGCCUACCGCCGGAGCUUCGGUCCAAGAUCCUACGCUUCUAUCUCGAACGGCCGCGCAUCGUAGAAAUUCGAUGUAUGAACGACUUGAAAAAGAUCCAUUUUGCGCCAAACGCACUGGGAAACCUCGCCUCCAACAUUGCAUGGAGCGCAGACAACACCCUCCCGGCCUUGAUGUGGGUGAAUAGGGAAUGCCGCGCUGAGACACGCGCAUUCUACCGCGUUCAGCUGCCGAUGCACCCAACCAACAAGAUCGCCUGGCCCGUCAUCAUCAAUCCGGACUUUGACACCGUCAUCUUCACGUUCCCCUGGAGCAGUGAGAUACCCCUCGACAUCUUUCUGAGCGACUGCCUCGCGUUCGAUCCGCUCAGCGUAGGGAUCCGGCACUUCGGCACCCGCGACAGAGGCGGGCCGGAGACGUGGGACUUGACGCCUGUUCCGGGGUGUGCGCCGCUUGCAGAGAGCUUGGCGAACUUGGAAUCCUACACGGAAGCGAUCCAGCUGAUGGACGAUCGCGCGGCGGCCCGGUUCCCGGUGUGGAUGAUUCAUGAGGGCUAUCUCACCAGCGGCAUCCCUGCCAAGAACGCAUUCUACCACGACGUCCCGCGGCUGCUCUUGAGCAAUGACUACGAGCCCCCCGAUGCGAUCAACCAGCGCACGGCGCUGGAAGCGUUACGGACACAGCUCGGGGAUUACCUACCCAAGAACGUGGCCGACAACCUGGUCAUGCAGAGAAUGUUUUACCGCAAGUAUUUCCGGCAUUUGCGGAUGAAGUGCACAAAGACGGACCUUGCUGGGCUGGGGAUGGUGAGGCAGAUACCCGGUUGCGAGACGGAGGAGUUCUUUUUGAGUAACGGCCGUGAGGUUGCCGGACCGCGGAAGAAGAGGAGAUCGGUGCUCGAUGUGAGGCCUAGUAGUAGCUGGCAUUUAUGGGAUGACGACUGA